AUGCCAGUUCCCCCGGUGUUUCUCAAAACAGGGACAUAUUCGGAUCAGUUGGUCCUUCUCGACUUCUAUUGCCACAAGUGUCUGCGCUCCGCUUAUGCGCCCGCCUCAUCUCGGAAUAUUGGCCGGGGCACCAGCGUCCGAGAUAUUGGAGCCACCGAGGAUGUGGAAGUGUGUCCCGCGGCGGACCAUGUCUCAGAGGAGCACGCUUCCUCCGUCCAUCACUCCUACACCGCGUGGUGCACCCAUUCUCGUGGGCUUGGGGCACGGUCUUCGAGACGACGGAGAGAGCACAGGGGCUCUGAGACUCGGGGACUCUUGUCAUUAAACAGGAAAGAAAAAAGGGACAAUUCUCCUCCCCGUAGCCCACCGGGCGGCGGUGACUACAGCACAGUAUCACUACGACUUGGAAGAGGCAAGUCUAGAUUCGACAUGCGGGUUGCUCCCGCCGCUGAGGUGGCCCUUCUUUGUUCCAAGGGCUGGGCAGAGGAGAACCCUUGGUCCUUGGCCAACGCGGCACGCAUCGCUCAAUCAAGUCCCAUGAUGAAUGCUUCCCGUUCUGUCCUCAUGGUCCUUCAACCCGCUCCUCGUGCGCCCUUCCCCCCGACGACAACAUCCACCAUCCUCCUAGAGCUUUGCAUCAUCGCAACAAUGUACUCAAACUCCAUCCUCUCAACCCUCCUCCUCCUUCUCCCAGCCUCCACCCGGGCCUGGGACUCUCCAAACUACUCUGGCCUUACCCGCCUCUGGCAAGAUAGCUUCCCCGGCGCUUCAGGCGACCCGAUCAACGGCGGCAACUGGAACAUCAUCACCAACCUUCACGUCAACAACGAGAUCCAGGAAUACACGACCUCCCGCUCCAACCUCCAAAUCUCAGGCGGCGGCACCGUCCAAAUCGUGCCCCAAAAGGACGGCAACGGCGCAUGGACCUCGGGCCGCAUCGAGUCCCGCUACGUCUUCACCCCCGCCGCCAGCCGCCUCACCGUCGCCGAGGCCCAGAUCCGCUUCGGCGACAACGCCAUCGCCAACAAGAAGGGCAUCUGGCCCGCCUUUUGGAUUCUCGGCGACGCUAUCCGCAACGGCGUCAGCUGGCCUCGUUGCGGCGAGCUCGACAUCCUCGAGACGGUCAACGGGCAGCUGACGGGGUACGGGACCGUCCACUGCGAUAUCCUCCCCGGCGGCGCGUGUAACGAGCCCAACGGUAUCGGCGGUAACAUUGGCAUCCCGGAUCAGGGGUGGCACACUUGGCGUCUGCAGAUUGAUCGUCGGUCUGGCAACUGGCAGACGGAGACGAUUACGUGGUUCCGUGACGGGCAGCAGUUUCAUCAGAUCAGCGGCGCCAGGAUCAGGAGCGAGGGUAUCUGGAACACGUUGGCUCGCGCGCCGUUGUUCUUUAUCUUGAAUGUCGCCGUCGGCGGUAACUGGCCCGGAAACCCGGAUGGCUCUACCAUUGGCGGCUGGGGAAGCAUGAUGGAGACCGCCUAUGUUGCCGUCUACCAGUCCACUUAA